ACGACUUGUUGGUAUGUUUAACAUUUGGCAUAACUCAAAUCGUGUAUUUGUGCAUUCAGACACACUCUGUUACUUCUGCAUUCAGAGAUUUAAAAGGUUAAAAGUCGUGCGCAAUCAGACAAGCCCCGAGGCAGCAGGCUUUUACGCACAACACCAUGUCCAGCACAAAGAAACAAUUGAGUACCGACUCAUCUGAUUCAGACCCUUGGGAUCAUCUGGGAAGCCCGACACUGUGGUCUCCCACCUCCGGGAUUCCGCUGCAGGAUGGACUCUACGUGGACGUGGCAUUUCCCAUGCAGACUAUGGAGAGUCCUACCAACGUGGAGUGGAAACGACCCAAGGAGAUCUGUCCAUUUCCUCAGUUCAUCGUUGAUGGAGCCACUCGUAUGGACAUCUGCCAGGGAGUUUUGAGCGACUGCUGGUUCCUGUCGGCAGUGGCAUCUCUCUCGUUGUACCCUUCCCUUAUGGAUCGUGUCAUUCCCUCGGGCCAAAGCUUCCAGCAGGGCUACAAUGGCUCUUUCUGUUUUCGGUUCUGGCAGUAUGGUGAGUGGAUUAAGAUACGAAUCGAUGACCGUUUGCCAACUCGUAAUGGUCGGCUGAUGUAUCUGCGCUCUGCAAAAGAAGAUGAGUUCUGGAGCGCAUUACUAGAGAAAGCUUAUGCCAAGCUGAAUGGUGGUUAUAACAGCCUGAAUAUGGGUUUCCCUCACGAGGCGAUGGCGGACAUGACUGGUGGCAUUACGGAGGUCUUCAUGGUGUCGUCUCUUCCUCAGGCACUGGGCUCAUUCCUGCAACCCCUGCUGCAGAAAGGAGCACUCAUAAAUUGUGGCAACUCUCAGGGUCCUCUUGAAAAGAGUAAUGAGUUUGGGAUUUUGUUCAGGCAUGCCUAUUCUGUUACAGGACUGGAGACGAUUAAAACUACGACUGGUCCUGUUGUGCUGGUGCGGAUUCAGAACCCAUGGGGCAAUACUGAGUGGAAUGGGCCCUGGAGUGACGAAAAAGGGACAGAGUGGCGUAUGGUGAGUCCUGAAGAACAGAGACGCGUGCAGAGAGUCCAGCAGGAUGAUGGGGAAUUCUGGAUGGCACUGUCUGACUUCCGGCAGAACUUUGAUACGAUGGAGGUGUGUCACCUCAGUGAUGACACGUUGAAUGAGGGCAGAGCUAUAAAGCGACCAUGGCAAUGCACAACGCAUCAUGGAAAAUGGAUCCCUCCCCAUGGGCCACCUCAGUUUAAUCUGACCCUUUUGGAGGAGGACGAUGACCCCAGUGACUCUGAGCAAACAUGCUUGUUCCUGUUGGCGCUCAUGCAGAAACAUUCGCGUCAGAGGGGAAUACUGCCUGUAGCUUUACAGAUAUUCAAGGCCCAAUCGGAGCAUGAUUUCCUGUCCCCGCGGGAUCUUUCUCAGUUCAGUCCUGUGCUCAACAUUGGUUACGUCCCGCGGCGAGAGCUGGUGAUGCGCGGUCGCCUGGCACCAGGUCAUUACAUCAUCAUUCCCACCACAUCAGAGACCAGCCAGGCAAGAGAAUUUCUCCUGAGAGUUCUGACAGAGAAAGGCAACAACUCCAUAUGCAAACCUGUUGAGGGACCUGCGGUAGAUGCAAACACACCUAUAGCGCCGCUGUCUCCACGUCUCCCAGGACUCCCGUCCACAAAUGAGGCUAAAGAUCUCUUCUUUAAACACUGCACCAAGGGGUCUUGCAAGCCACUGGACCUGUAUAACCUGCUGACAGAAGCCAUAGCAAAAGGAGUCUUUGCAGGUAGUGAGAAGAAACUGAGUUUGGAGCACUGCAAGAGCUUUGUGGUGCUCAUGGAUACACAAGGAAUGGGACGCCUCAACUUCACAGAAUUCCUGGUCUUGUGGGACAAACUCAGGCGGUGGACAAGUCUUUUUAUGACAUUUGACAAAAAUAAGAAUAAAGUGCUGGAGUAUCAAGAAAUCUCCCCCGCUCUAUCAGAAGCAGGCAUACAGGUGGAUGGGUUCAUACUGCAGCUGAUCGGCCUGCGCUACACGGAGCCAGAUAUGACCGUCAGCUUCCCAGGAUUCCUCUUCCUGCUCAUGAAACUGGACAGCAUGAUCCGGAAGUUUCAGUCCUUUGAUGUCACAGGAAUGGGAAUGAUUUCAGUAAACUUUAGACAGUUCCUGCUCAUGACCACAUACAACUGAUUUCAGACCAGCUGCGGAUCAGGUUGGAAGGACCCCUGCAGGGAACAACUACAUUCUUUUAAAAACAGAUACUGUAGUUUUGUUCCUGGAUGCUAAUUGUUCAAUACACAUUCCAGAUGGGCUAAAAUACACAUUACACUAACAGAUCAUGGAGACCAACUAUUAUUCUUAGUUUAUAUCAGGGACUAUAGCUUCUAGCGGAAGUAUGGCACUUAAUGUAAUUGCCUAAUAAAAUGACAUGCCAAUAAAAA